UUCUCAUCCCCGACGAAACUAAACAAUUCUCUUCAACUUCUUUCUCAUCUUCUCGUCUCUUCAUUUGACUCUUGCGUUCUAACCCUUUAAUGGGAACACAAAUUUGGUUCAUAUUAUAUCUUCUGACCAUCCAAAUUUCAAUAUCUGGAGUAUUAUCCACCACUUUCAGCAUAGUAAAUAAAUGUGAGUACACAGUUUGGCCGGGAAUUCUCUCCAACGCCGGAGUUCCACCACUUCCCGCCACCGGCUUCGUCCUCGCUGCUGGCGACUCCAAAACAAUCUCUGCUCCGGGGUCAUGGGGGGGCCGAUUCUGGGGCCGGACCCACUGUUCACAAGACUCCAAUGGAAAAUUCUCUUGCCUCACUGGUGACUGCGGCUCCGACAAGGUCGAGUGCGGCGGGAACGGCGCGAAGCCGCCAGCUACUCUGGCGGAGUUCACCCUCGAUGGCGCUGGCGGCCUUGACUUCUUCGAUGUGAGUUUGGUCGAUGGUUACAAUAUUCCUAUGCUGGUUGUCCCGCAGGGCGGCACCGGCGAGAAAUGUGUAAGCACGGGGUGCGUUGUGGAUUUGAACGGCGCGUGUCCUCAAGAGCUCAAGGUUUUCAGCGUGGACGGCGGAGAGAACGUCGCGUGUAAAAGCGCGUGUGAAGCUUUCAACGAACCGCAGUACUGUUGCAGUGGCGAGUACGCGACACCCGAUACUUGCAAACCCUCUGCGUACUCGCAGGUGUUCAAAAGCGCGUGUCCACGCGCUUACAGCUACGCUUACGACGACAAAACCAGCACGUUUACAUGUGCCGACGCCGAUUAUAUCAUCACAUUCUGCCCUUCACCCAACACAAGUCAGAAAUCAACGGAAGGUCACAACACAAGCACGCCGGCAAUUAAUGGCGGCAACGACACUAUGGUUUACGAAGGGGCUGGAUAUGAUCUAAGCGGCGCGUCGAGAACAACGAUCCGCGGUAUACUGGGGGUAGCCAUUGCCACGGUGUCCAUUCUUCAAUCUCGGCAGCUCUUUUGACCCGACCCGCUUUCUUUCGUAGUUGGGUUGUAGUAGUAAGAGGCCCAUUACCUUUUUAAAGAAGAGUUCGGCCCAUUUUUGCCUGGAGAGCAUCGUGUCACAUGUGGAGCCCACAGCGUGUUUCAUUCAUUAGAAAAUGCAUGAUGGGCCAAGUGGGGGUAGGCCGGGGGCCAGGUGAUGCAGACGCGUGUCACAAUUGAAAAGCUAACCAAUCCGCCGUCUGAUAGGCGUAAGCUGAAAGGGAAGACUAGGGAUUUAAAUAUUUAAGAAUUCUUUCCAAGGAUUUUACGAUACGUCAAUUCUUUCUAAUAAGAUGGAUGAAUUCAUUUGUUGGUA